CGGGGAGUCCUCUGCCCGCGGGAGGAGGCAGCUGGUGACGGCGUCCCCGUUGUAAAGCCACCGCCGAGGCCGCGUCCCUUCCGCCUUUUCCUCCCGCGGAGAAGCGGAGGCGGCUUUGCAGAGGCCGCGGCUCCCCCGCUGAGUUACCGAGCGGCCUCGGCGAAGCUUGCGGAGGGCUCCCCUUCGGCUCCGGCUCGCCCCUGCUCCGCCUCCACCAUGUCUGUAGCUGGGGAUGGCGGGGCGGGGACUCCCAAGGCGCUGCCUUCGUCCGGACCCAAAUCCCUGCAGGACAUCCCGCACCCGCUGGCCGCCUCCAGCAGCGAGGAGCUCAGCGUGGAACUGACGCCCAGCCCGGAUUUGCAACUGCCCCGCAGCAUCGCCGACAAGGAUCUCAGUUUGCCCAAUGGUACUCCUGCAGAUACUUCUAGUCCCGCCUCUUCCUCCUCGCUUCUCAAUAGACUACAACUGGAUGAUGACUUGGAUGGGGAAAUGAGGGACCUCUUUGUCACCGUUGAUGAUCCCAAAAAGCAUAUCUGUACGAUGGAGACUUACAUCACUUACCGAGUCACAACUAAGACCACUCGAGCUGAGUUUGACUUGCCAGAGUAUUCAAUGCGCCGAAGAUACCAGGAUUUUGAUUGGCUUAGGAAUAAACUGGAGGAAUCUCAGCCAACUCAUCUCAUUCCUCCUCUUCCAGAAAAAUUUGUAGUUAAAGGUGUGGUUGACCGUUUUUCAGAAGAAUUUGUUGAGACAAGGAGAAAGGCCUUGGAUAAAUUCUUAAAAAGGAUUGCGGAUCAUCCAGUACUUUCUUUCAAUGAACAUUUUCAUGUAUUCCUUACAGCCAAAGAUCUUAAUGCUUACAAAAAACAAGGAAUGGCUUUGCUUACCAAGAUGGGAGAAUCGGUAAAAUAUGUCACAGGAAGCUAUAAAUUAAGAAGUCGACCGUUGGAGUUUGCUGCCCUGGGUGAAUAUCUAGAUACAUUUUCUCUGAAGCUAGGAACUAUUGAUAGAAUAGCACAGCGGAUAAUCAAAGAGGAAGUGGAAUAUUUAGUGGAACUACGAGAAUAUGGUCCCGUUUAUUCAACCUGGAGUGCACUAGAGACAGAGGUGUCUGAACCUCUUGAAGGAGUAUCAGCCUGCAUUGGAAACUGUUGCACAGCUCUUGAGGAAUUGAGCGAAGACAUGACUGAAGACUUCCUGCCUGUUUUACGAGAAUAUAUCCUGUAUUCAGAUUCCAUGAAGAUGCCCACAGAUGUUGAAAAGUGUCAAGACCGGGUAGAGUGUUUCAAUGCUGACCUGAAGGCUGACAUGGACAGAUGGCAGAACAACAAGCGGCAAGAUUUUAGGCAGCUGCUGAUGGGAAUGGCAGAUAAAAACAUCCAAUAUUACGAGAAGGUAAUGCUGUGAAUUUGCCACUAAAUGCAGGAAAGCAAUUGAAUGUAAUUUACUGAUUAACUUGCUUAUGCCAGUGGGGUACAAAGCUGAUGCAAUAAGAUUUAGAAUUGCUCUCUCUUCCCGUUAAAGCUUUAGUAGUUUUAUAUUUCCACUGAUGAGGCCGAAUCCUGUCUGCAGAGAUAGAGCAGGGUAUGACUCUUGUAGUUUGCCAGUAAGUGAUGGCCAUAGCAUAGGUUAACCUUGCAUAUCAUGGGCUAGAUUGGUUGCAAAUUCUGGGAAAUGUCCUUCCAACACAUUUGGAAGUCAUCAGGUUAUAGAGGACUGACUACCAAAGGCUAUUUGCAAGGCCACCAUUAAUUCUGUUCUGGGUAGGACCUUGCAGAAGUUACAUGUUAACACUGGUCAAAAAGAUACUCGUGUAUGUUAAAAUGAUUGAGAUCUGCCAAACAGUAUUGGCAUUGCGGGGCUGACCAAUCAAUCCUCCCACCCCACACCCGCAACCCAUUUUCAGAAAAUUUUAAUCCUUAGUUUCCUUGAAGAAUUUAACAGCUGAAAUAUUUUUGCAUGCUUUUGCUUCUGUAAAGGUUUGUCCUUUUUAAAAUGGCAGAGAUGAUUUAGGAAUCAAGCAG